AUGAAGCUGAGUGCACUUAAUAUACUGGUGUGCAUAACUAAACUUACAAUGGCGAGUGUGAUCCCAGCUGGAGGUUUCGGCGCUUACAAAGCCUCGCAGACAAUGCAAGAGUCGCAGACGCUGAUGGAAGAAUUGCGCUCGAUGAACAUUGAUUGCGAGAAAUGGAGCGGAAACAAAGGAAAAUCUGUGGUUUUCCCAAGUGAGAUGCUAACCGCAGACACUAUGGAGGAAUUGGGAUUCCACAAGAAAGAGUUGGUGGAGUUGUCUCUUUCGUUCGGUGAAGUGGUGAUCCCCCAGGAUACCGCGGGACUUUUCCUCUUUAAUUCUACGGACACACUCAUUGGAGACUCAGUUGAUGAGUGGGUACCAUUUGCAAUGCCAAAGUACGCGCGAUUGGUAGAUUACCAUAUGCUGAUGCCCUAUUCGUACCAUAGAGUUGGAACCAAGCUUAGUUUGUUGCAAGGCCACGAGAAUGUACUUGAGGCUUCGUACGAUAUCUCCAAUUCUGCACCAUUACUAGUGCUCAUUUUCCAAAGCGGAAACGAAAAUACUGCCAAAAACACCAUGAACCUGCCUUUGGUCUCCAUUAAGGAAUUUGCGGCAGAUGGUGACAGAAUGAUUUCUGAAAUGUUCCGCCAAUUGGCCAAGAAGUGGAUCAGUAUUCUAGGAUAUCGGUCUCUGGUGUCUUCAACGUUUUGCUCAAUCAACGUUAGCUUUCCAGCUCAAAGCGCGUGUGUUAAAGUGGGCCAAGACGAGGAGGGAUCAGUAACUGUUAUGCCAGCCUUUUUCGAGUCCGAAUCCAUCCAGAAGAGAGAGAACUCGGAGUACGUUAUGGACCUUCAUGGGAUACUUGAUGGAAACGCAAAAACACAUACACAAGACCAAAGACAUUUCUCCAACAACACAGAGACGCUGUACAAGCCACCCUUACCAUUCAAGUUUGAUGGUGCUCGGAAGAACAUUCCACUGGAAACCGUCAGAAACGCACUAGACAAGUCCACUACAGCUGCUGAGCCCGCCAGAGAUCCGGCGUUCUCCCAAAUUGCAAUAGCACGCAAGACCAAGCGAGACAGGACGGAGAAGCCAGGAUGUGUUCCGAUCACCUGGUACAACGUAUUUCACCACAGCAUUUUUGGCAAGCCGAAGGAUUUCUGCACUGGUCAGUGA